GCUGAAGGCGGGAAGAGAAAGGGAUCUGCCGCUUCCCGGGCCGCCAGUCCUCCCGGCCUUGGAGAGCUAGGCUGGCCCGCGGCGGAGGCGCGCAGGGCGUUAGGUGAUCUGGUCCGGUGGCUCUGAGGGGCCAUCGGCGGCCCCGUACGGAAUCAGAGCCAAGGAUCUAGCGCUUCCUCUGGUAACCUGUGCUUUAAGAUGGAACACAGGCAUUUCAAGCUUGGCUACGAAAGUCAUCAGAGCCCAAAUCCUUACCAAUCCCGGAGCGGGGCACCGGGUUGUGGUCUCCGGGAGCGGGCUGCGGCCUGACUUUUGUCCUGGGCGGCUCCUGACUGCACCGUGUGUGACCGCGGUCACCUGGACUAACCACUCCCUACGCAAUCUGGAGCGUUUAUAACGCUGCUUGGAGCUACAAAUCAGCCGGGCUGGGCAGGCAAUAAAUUUAAGUUUUGCUAAUGCACCUUAGCUUUGUCAGCAUAGGUACUGCACAGCCUGGCUUUGGACCUCGUGUGAGUGCGGGAUGCCUUUUUCCAGCUGGUUGUCUCCUGCUGGGCGCUACUCCGUGGCCUCUCCUUUGGCUUUUCCUGGUGCCCCUUUGCCUCAUUUUUCUAAAAUGCAGUAUCUAGCCUGGUCUCAGUUCCAAGACAAGAACACAGAUACUUGUAACUGUUAAGGACAAAAAUAAUGUAGUGAACUCUACUCGCAUCUGGGUCAUUCAUAAAAAUAAAACAUCGGGGCCCAAGAUUUAGCUCAGCAGCGUAAGUGCCUGCCUUUCAAGUGCGUGGUCGUGAGUUCAAUCCCUGGUACCAAAAAUAAAUAAUCAAUAAAACAUUGAUUUCAUAGCACCUGCAAACAUAGCUCAAAACUUUUCAACUAAAGCUUGUGUAGAUAAAAAUGCUAGCCGAAGUAAAGACAUCAAGAUAAUAUAUUUUAAAACUAGUUAAGGCCAAUGGGGCGCCUACUGUAAUGGAGAUUCAACCCAGAGUCUCAAGUAAGCUAAGUAACUGCCCCCAGUCCAUCUUUUUUUUUUUCUAUCUUUCUUUCCUUUUCUUUCUUUCCUUCUUUCUUUUUUUGACUCUGUCUACUGUCUUCCAAGCCAGCAUUGAACUUACUAUGUAGGCCAGGCUACAGCCUUCUUCCUCAGCCAGAGUGCUGAGAUUCCAGGCAUAUACCACCCCACCCAACUCAAUGGCUUUUAAAAUACUGCCAAGUACAGUUGUAAAAUGCCAAGCCAUUGCCUGGCAAAUGCAAGGUCCUGAGUUCGAUUUCCGAUUCAAAAAAAAAAUGCCAAGUCAUGCCUGUGCUAAGCCGCCCUGGAGGACAGAACAACCUAACAGUUCUCUGCUUCCUGGAACUUUGCUGUCAACUGUAACUUUCACUACAAAUCAAUGCACAGGAGUGGGAAGAUAGCUCAGUGGCAUAAGUGUCUGCCUGUGAAGUGCAAGAUCCUGAGUUCAAGUCCCAUAGCCCCCAAAAAAUCAAUGCACAAGUAAUUAUUGCAAGCACCUGGAAACUGGAGCGGUGGCCAGGAUGGAUGAGAGUAAAUCUAAUGCCCUAAGCUGCACACUAACAGUACUUUUCCACAUGCCCCUGCAGUUUCAGAACGCACCUAGGGGACAUUAUAAAAGCCCUAAUUUCUUGCUGGGUGUGGUGGUGCACACCUGCAAUCCUAGUACUCGGAAGGCUGAAGCAGGAGGAUCAAAGCAUUUGAAACCAGCCAGGGAGACAUAGCGAGUUCAAGGCCAGACGGCACCACAGCUGUCUCAAAGUGAAACAGAAUCCUAAUUUCUCAGAAAAAAGGUUUUAAGAUAAUCCCUCAAUUUUUCUUAGACUUUCUGCUACCUAGUCCAUUCAUAUAACAGUAACGUACAGGGUUUUAAGGACGUGAUGGAGAAAGGGUAAGCGGAAAGCUAAAUGAAUAUAAAUUUGUAUCUAAGGAGGGCAAAUUGGAUAAUGAGGGUGCUAUCAGCUGAGUGAUAUAAACCUGAUAAAAAGUAUCUCAGCCAGGUACCCUUGAGGCCUGAUUGCAGAGGUGAUGCCAGGCCAGCCGCACACCUAGAAGGUAUUGAAGAGAUCGCGUGCGCGCGCCUUCCUGGCCUUUAGGGAGCCGAGGGCGCGGGGCGAUGUUGCCCGGGUUCCUUCCCCCACACCAUGGCGCUUCUCCGCAGCGUCCUCUUUUGCUUUUGCUGCUUUGCUUGGCUGAGUUCUAAGAAUCUGAGUUCUUGGGCAUCUAGGGGAGAAGCUGGGGCUGCAGUGAGCGGCAAGUUGGAACCUGAAGCGGAGCCCUGGUCCUUGCAGCAGCCAGUAGAUGGGGGACACAGCUCCAGCCUGCUUCCGCCCCUCUUCAAGGUGCUGUGGGGCAGGCGUGGUGGGGCCCCUGGGCUGCAGCCUGACUCCAGAGCUCUGCACUACAUGAAGAAGCUCUAUAAGACGUACACCACCAAGGAGGGGAUCCCCAAGUCCACCAGGAGUCACCUCUACAACACUGUCCGACUCUUCACUGCCUCCUCCCUGCACAAGCACUCAGCCGGAGGCCAGGUGACAGGAGCCUUUCCCCCGGCGGACCUGCUUUUUGACCUGGGCCGCGUCGCCGCCGUUGAACACUUGCUCAAGUCGGUGCUGCUGUACGCGGUGGACACCGCCGCCGCCCUCACCUCUGCGGCUGCAUGCGCGUGCUCGCUGGUGCUCACCGGGCCCGGCACUCCCAGCCAGGCUCCCCCCGGAGCUGCCCUCUCCGCCCCCUGCAGCUCGCAGCUGGCACUCGGGAAGAACCCCAGAUGGCUGGAGAUCGACGUGACCCCCCUCCUGCAGCCCCUGCUGGCUGCCAGCCAGAGAAGCGUUCAGGUGUCCGUCAACGUCACCUGCCCGAGGGCCCCGGGGCAGCCCCUGCCCGGCCUGCCCCUGCGGGUGCCGCCCUCCCUGAUCCUGUACCUGAAUGACACCAGCGCGCAGGCCCCGCGCGGCCGCUGGUCCUUCCCGUCCAAGAGUUCUGCGCAGGCCCGGGCCCCGGACAGCGCGGGGCAGCAGCCCGCAGCGGGUGGCCGAGCUCGGCAGCCCCGGAGAGGCCGCGAGAGCCCGGGCCGCACGGCGCAGAGGCCUCGGGGCGCAGCGCCCCCCAGCCUGGGCGCGUACCUGAGCCGCCUCCUGUCCCCCCACGGCGAGUGCCAGCUGCACGACUUCAGGCUGAGCUUCCGGCAGCUGCGCUGGGACCGCUGGAUCGUGGCCCCGCAGCGGUACAACCCGCGGUUCUGCCAGGGCGCCUGUCCGCGCGCCGUGCGCCACCGCUACGGCUCCCCGCUCCACACGCUGGUGCAGAACAUCAUCUGCGAGAAGCUGGACGCGUCGGUGCCGCGGCCGUCGUGCGUGCCCGCGGCCUACGCGCCCCUGAGCGUGCUGACCAUCGAGCCCGACGCCUCCAUCGCCUACAAGGAGUACGACAACAUGAUCGCCACCCGCUGCACCUGCCGCUGACCGCGCCCGGGCCUGGCCCGAGCCGCUUGGUGCAGCCAGCCGAGGGGUGCACUGCGGCGUCUCUCCCGGUGUCCACAGAAAACCCCGGUGGUGGCGUGGUUGGUUACCACUGAGCUUGCUUUUUAAAAAUGAGCUUCGUUAUUUUUGUUUCCCCCUCCAUGAGCCAUGUUUUUCUUUGCACACGGUCGGAAAAUGUCUUAAGGUAGAUUUUGGAACUGCGGUGAUCAACAGUUCAGAGCGCUCCCAGUGCUCUGCAACCGGAAAAUAAAUUCCUGUCGAUGGC